AUGUCAGUGCGCACUGUGCGGCGAGCGAACAUGGACUUUGCACGUCUUAAGGAGCUGGCCAACAGCGGUAGUCCCACGAUCAGUGCUGUGGACAUGGCCGAUGAGAAUGGCAUCACGGCCCAUGGUGACGCUUUUCACUGGCGCGUUCGCGUUAUGCCACCCGCUGAGAGCGUCUAUCAUGGCACCACGUAUGAUAUCUUGUUCACGCUCUCCCAGGAAGAUUACCCGUUCAAGCCGCCAGCGGUGCGCGUACUCACCCGCAUCUUCAACCCCAUGGUAUCAGAAGACGGCGCCGUAUGCGAGGGUCUUCUGCAUAACGAUGACUGGAAACCUACCACACCAGUUGCAGAUGUCGUAGCUCAUGUUGUGAAGGCAAUCUUCCUUGAUUACAAGACCUACGCCGUAUUGAAUGAGACGGCAGCUGGCGUAAUGGCCACCGCAACGCCUGAAGAGUUCAAGAAGCACGUGCAGCGUACGCGCGCCGGAGACGCGCGCGCGUGA